UAAUAUUCAUUAAUUGAUUUAUGUUGAAUUGUCUUUCAAUUGUAUGUCAAGAAUUUAUAUAAAAUGCCACUUUUGUUUAAAUAACAGAUUUACAGAUGCAUGCAAGGUGAUGAUGUGACUAUAUUGUGACAGCUCUAGCUAGAAAAUAGCGCUUAUUCAUAUAUAGCGUAUGAGGUAGUGGCUAUCAACCUAGCAUGGUGCUUGCUAAAUUCUCUGAUCCAAGGUUUUCCACUGCUCAAUCCACAUCCAAAACGGUUCGGACCCAAAUGACUGGAAUAAACUGAUAUAAUUCUUCCUCUCUGCCAAGAUGUCAAAAAGAGAAAGAGAAAGGCCAUAUGCCCCUCCCCCUCCCCCAGCCCCUACAACACAAUUGCCCAACACCCCUGGGUUUGUGGGGUACAACCCCUACAGCCAUCUGGCUUAUAACAACUACAGGCUGGGAGGGACAACAAGCAACAACAGUCGGGCAACGAAUUCUUCAGGAAUAAACAUUCCAAAGCCACCCAAGCCGCCAGACAAGCCGUUGAUGCCAUACAUGCGAUAUAGUCGCAAGGUUUGGGAUCAAGUAAAAGCCUCCAAUCCCGAUCUGAAGCUAUGGGAAAUUGGGAAGAUAAUCGGUGGCAUGUGGAGGGACCUCACUGAUGAGGAGAAACAGGAUUACUUGAAUGAUUACGAAGCAGAGAAGAUUGAGUACAAUGAGAGCAUGAAGGCCUACCACAACUCUCCAGCCUACCUGGCUUACGUCAACGCUAAGAGCCGCGCCGAAGCCGCUCUGGAGGAGGAAAGCCGACAGCGCCAGUCUCGUCUCGACAAAGGCGAACCGUACAUGAGUAUCCAGCCAGCAGACGACCCAGAUGAUUACGACGAUGGAUUCUCCAUGAAGCACUCGGCUGCCGCCCGUUUCCAGCGCAACCACCGCCUGAUCAGCGAGAUCCUGAGCGAGAGCGUGGUCCCCGACGUGCGCUCCGUCGUCACUACCGCCCGCAUGCAGGUCUUAAAACGGCAGGUCCAGUCUCUUAUGGUGCACCAGGUCUCUCUCUGUGUGUCUGGUCCACAGAGGAAGCUGGAGGCGGAGCUACUUCAGAUUGAAGACCGCCACCAGGACAAGAAAAGGAAAUUCAUCGAUGCCACAGAGUCUUUCACCAGCGAGCUGAAAAGGCUGUGUUGUAUGAAAGUGGAGGUGGACAUGGAGAAGAUAUCUGCAGAGGUCGCUGCGGCAGAGGAUGCAUCCCGCAGGCGCCUGUCGGAGCGGGAGAAGGAGGCGUCCACGUCCUCUUGCCUGGAGGAGGAGGAGAAACCAGUUGGCCCGUCAAACGGCAGCAAGAGCCAGCAGGAGUCUUUCAGUGACAGCAGCAACAAGGAGAGAGAGGAGACUGAACCCAGCCCCAUGGAUACUGGUGAGAAGUCAAAGGCCUCGGAGGAGUCAAUGGCUCGUCCUGCCAGUGAGGUUGAGGAGGGGGCGCCGUCAGAGGACAAGGAGAGUGUUCCAGAAGGGGUGAUGGAGGAGGGCACCAGUGACAGUAACACAGGGUCGGAGACCACCUCUGCCGUGACGGAGGACGCCCCGCCCAGCGAGCCAGCAGCCUCAGAGGGGCCGAGCAGGGCACGCUCUACCGCCCACUGAGGUUUCGACCUAUGACCUUUGGGCCGAGAAAUGUCCAUGAUGCAUCACUCCAUCUCUACAGUCACACUCUGAUGAUAACACAUUGCACAUUAGUAUCUAUGUGAACAAAAGCUGUGUUUUAUGGGGUUUUAUGCAAUUGGUUGAAUCUUCAGAGCUCUGUUGGCAGGGUCAAAAUAGACCUGCUGUCAAUUUGCAAAGCGCUUCAAGUCCUCAAAGCAAAGCAAUUAUCCCAACUAAAGUGAAUGUCUAAAUUGAGUCACAAUAAAGCCCACGUGAAUUCCCCGUAAUUCCAUCACAGACCGCAGUGCCAGUCGAAAGCAACCAUCCAUCACCUGUCACUAUAUCAAAACAUAUCUCCUGUCUUAUUCUAUGGUACUAUAUCUGGCAGACACCAGAUCUUACCAAUUGAGGCUGGUUGUAAAAACUGUCACAAAAAAAUGAGUUGUUCAAUGUUUAAUUACUUGUUCUUUGGAGUGUAAUGUUGCUUUCAAUGUUAUUUUUGCAUGGUGUCGCAACUCCUCUAAUGGGAGAGUUUGCUUUAGUAGCGGAGGGAGUGGGGCGACUCCUCUGCCCAAUAUUCUUUAAUGUUUACUCUAAGUAUCAGUAUUAAGUGACAGUAUUGUCUCAGGAGUUAAUAGAAAUAAGUAGUUGUUUUCAUUAUUUAUUAAUAUUCUUGUGUAUUGUGAGUCCUGGGCCCAGUCCAUCCGUCCACCAACCUGUUGUAAUGCCACGAGUUCAUCCAUACUGUACAGUUUUACCAGUCAGUGUUCCAAAGUCUGCUAGCUCUCAAUCAAAUCAAAAGCUGUAUGCUUAGAACAACCUUUCAGUGUUAUGUUAUUAUGACCAGUAAGUACAAUGUUCAACCCAGAACAAACUCUUAAAUGUUAAUAUGCAAUGUAAUAAGCAGUGUUGCAAGGUUUGCGUGAACAUGAGUGGUUUUCCAUCUCAUCCUAAAGCAACUUGAAGAGCAGAGUGAGUCAUCAACAUACUGUCUUAAAAUCAAUUUUGUUUGACAUAUUUAUACCAAUAAACUUUUCUACCCUGACAUGGA